GUAUAAAACAUAACCCCCUCUCGUAAAAAAAAGCAGUAAAGAGUUCGAAAGAACAAAGAGAGAGAGAGGAGAAAAAGGAGGAAUUUUGAUCCUUCUCUUCUUUGCUUUCGAGAAGAAGAAGAAGAAGAAGAAGCAGGAGCAGCCAUGGCCACCAAGCACCAAGUCGCAGUUCCUCAGCAACAGAGAGGUGGGAUACCGAAAGGAAAGGCGAAGAAUGCUGCUCCUGGUCCUGAUGGAAAGGCCCGCAGAGCCCUCGGAGAUAUUGGAAACCUCGUGCCUGCCCGCCCUGCUGUCGUCGAAGGAAAGCCAUUGCCUCAGAUUUCUCGGCCAAUUACAAGAAGCUUCGGUGCUCAACUCCUCGCAAACGCCCAAGCUGCGGCCGCUGUCGCAAUUGAGAACAAGAAGCUAGUAGAUCUUGCUGUUGAUGGACAAGCAGUUCGAAAACCUCGUGUUAAAGAAACCAAGCCGAAGGCCACAGUCAAGCCCAAGCCUGAGGUUGUCAUUGAGAUCAGUCCUGAUUCGAAUGAGACCGCGAAGAAGAAGAAGGUUAACACGAUGAGUUCGGUCCUCAGUGCUCGUAGCAAGGUUGCUUGCGGAAUUGCUGAGAAAGUCAAAGACCCUGUAGCGGAUAUUGAUGCGUCAGAUGUUGAUGAUCAGCUGGCGGUUGUGGACUAUGUUGAGGAUCUAUACAAGUUCUAUAAGCUUCAUGAGAAUGCAAGCAGGCCUCAUGACUAUAUGGACUCUCAGGUAGAGAUUAAUGAGAAGAUGAGGGCCAUUCUCGGAGAUUGGUUAAUUGAAGUGCAUCAUAAAUUUGAGCUAACUCCAGAGACUCUAUAUCUUACAUUUUAUAUAAUCGAUCGGUAUUUGUCGAUGGAACAUGUAGUGAGGAGAGAACUGCAGCUUGUAGGGGUGAGCUCCAUGCUCAUUGCCUCCAAGUAUGAGGAGAUUUGGGCACCACAGGUUGAGGAUUUCAUAUGCAUAUCAGACCGAGCUUACAGCCAAGGCCAAAUACUCGGCAUGGAGAAAUCAAUCCUGAACAGACUCGAAUGGAGCCUAACCGUUCCAACUCCAUACGUAUUUCUCGUGCGAUUCAUAAAGGCUGCAAUGUGUGAUAAAGAGUUAGAACACAUGGUCUUCUUCUUUGCCGAGUUGGGUCUGCUACAAUACUCUAUGAUCAGAUACUGCCCAUCAAUGGUUGCUGCCUCUGCAGUCUAUGCAGCUCGAUGCACUUUAAAGAAGACUCCAUUGUGGACUCAAACUCUCAAACACCAUUCUGGAUUCUCCGAGCCACAACUAUUGGAUUGUGCUCAGAUUUUGGUUAACUCUCAUUCGGCUGCACCAGAGAGUAAGCUGAAAGCAGUGUACAAGAAGUACUCGAGCGUCCAGUUUGGAGCUGUGGCGUUGAAUCAACCGGCAGUGAAGGUGUUCGAGGAGUUGAAGGCUUCUUCCGCUUUGCUCUGAUUGGUGAAAUUGUUACUGACGAUGAAGGGUCUGAGUGAGUGUGUAUUACUGGCAACAUAUUUUGGUCCUGACUGGGGGAAGGAUACAAGUCAUCUAUUGAUGAUAACCACAGGAUUGUUUGUUAUAUCUUUAAUAUUCUUUUCUUAAGAUUAGUUAAUAUUUGAAUUGAAUUGGUUUCAGCUUGGUCAAGCAUCUUCUGAGAGGAAUAAUUUACUUCAAUGUUUUCAAUUGAAUGCAAAUAUGGCUUUUAGUUAUUUCUU